AUGAAUCCAAUAAACACAUCGAAAAGCUCUUCGAAGUCAAUGAUUGCACAAAAUGUUGCUCUCCUUACCGACUAUCAAGCAUUGAUAGACCGUGUAUUUGCUGCCAUCGCUGCAAAUGCUGAAGGAAAACCAACAGAUCGGCCACCUGUUGACAUAAUGAAAGAUAUUGUAGAGUUGGACAAAAAAAUGCAACAAGGUCUUGACCAAAUUGAAGAACAUCAAAGAGUUCAUAAAAAGAUUUUACAGGUUAUUAAAGAAAUUGAAGCUGAAAAUAAUGCAUUUAUGGAAUUUGUUAAUGAAUUAAAAAGUGGGAAAGAACAGCUUGAAAUCUGUUUGGAUGAGGCGAAUGAAACAAUUGAAGCCAUAAAUUUUGCCUCCGAAUCUUCGGUAACUGCUGAUGAAAUAUUAAAAUAUGCAAAUAGAAUUAGCAGCUAUACAUCAGCUCCACCAAACUAUAUAACUGGAACUUUUGCUGAACCUCCAUAUCCUGAUGAAACACGUAUGAGGAGAAGCUUUCUAUUUCGACAAGAUGUUGAUAUGAUGUUUGAUGAGGAUGAUAAUUAUACCAAACCCCCUCCGGGCGUCGAUCAGAAUUUAACGAUCCUCAUUGGAAUUCUGACCAUUUAUGAGAAGAUCGAGGAUGAUUAUAAAAAUAAACUGGAGGAAGAAUCGAAAAUGUACGGUGAUAUUGUUAUAUUGGAUAUUACAGAGAACAUGAACGAAGGAAAGACGUUUGAAUAUUUUAAUUGGCAUAGGGAGGAUAAUUACGUGGCCAAAGCGGACGAUGACACUUUUAUCCACCUUAUUCACUACUACCGUGACCUUCAAGAUUUACCGAGGGAACGUGUAUACUAUGGCAAUUGUCUAGGUUGGGAUGAUGGACCAUACUCGUAUAUGGGAGGCCCUGAAGACUGGUUAGUGGGUGAGUGGGUAUGUCAUAUUGCUAAGGAGAAGAAAUACUUCGUACAUUAUAUCGGCUUUACAAGUUGGGAGCCCACCCGCCAAAAUUCGAUUCAUGACUUUGAUGAGAACUUGGACCUCCAUUUCCUUGGCGAGACCAUCAUGAUCCAUCGGAUAAAAGACAUUGAGAAAUUAAAUGCCAUUAAGAAUGUGUACUCCAAAUACGAAGAGGGGUUACCAAUAAUCAAUGUCAUUCGGAAUUCAACAGCCGCAAACUUGGUUACAAAGUGGAAGAUUAUUCCAGGGUGCUGGUCUACACUUGAAAAACAGAUUUGGAAUCAAACUUUGCAGACUACCUACAAGAAUUGGUUCUAUGAAGCUUGGGGUUUUAAGGAGGGAAAGUGGUAUUAUGGACCUGUAGAUAGUAUAGAAAUUACUGUAUAG